GCAGCCGAAGGCGAAGUGCUCAUUCGAAAGGUAUGGAGUUCUCUUGGGAACGUUAUCAUGGCAUCACGAAGAAAUUUUCAUCAUUGGUCGGCCAGUGGCCUUAUCAGAAUAAGAGAGAAAAGGUGUUCAGAAUGAGUGUAGUGGCGGUGGCAGUGAUUGGUAUGAGCAUUCCACAGAUUAAAUAUCUCGCUGAUCGUGUCUUCAUCGAUUGGAAGAGAUUGCAGAACCCAGAAGAGCACGAAAUCAUGAAGAUGUACGUCGGGAGUGCGAGAUGGAUGGCCCUUAUGCAUUGUACAGUUUGCCUGACUGUUCUCAACACAUUCGUGUUGUCAUCCCUCGUACCGCAAAUACUAGACAUUGUGUUACCCCUCAACGAAUCUCGCCCUGUAGUGCUGCCUUUCGAGGCGUAUUUUUUCGUCGAUGAGAAGGAAUACUUUUUUUACAUUUUUCUUCAUGGUCUCAUAGUCGCCGAAAUAGCUAUAAUGGGUCUUAUCGCUUUCGAUACAAUGUUCAUGACUUUCGUCGAACACGUCUGUGGUAUUUUCGCAGUGGCUGGAUUCCGUUUCGAACGUUUGGUACGCGAGGAAGUCAACGCAUUAGAAAUCGUUAAUAACGAUAUGAAUCAUACGUAUAAUAAAAGAAUGGCGUGCAGCAUGGACGCACAUUGGGCAGCUUUAGAAUUCGCGGAACAUCUUGAGAAUACUUUUUCCUUAAAUUUCGGUAUAGAAUUACUGUUAGUGACAAUAGUGCUGAGUAUUACAUUGUUUCAAGUGACGGAACAGUCCCACAACUUCGUAGAAGCUUUGAGGCACAUUAACUAUGUGAUGGCUUUACUGGUACAUUUAUUCGUUUUUUGCUGGGAAGGUCAAAAACUAAUAGACCACAGUCUGCUAAUGCAUGAGAAAAUCAUGGAGAUCAUUUGGGAUCGUUAUUACGGUAUCACGAAAAGAUUUUUAUCGCUCAGCGGACAGUGGCCUUAUCAGAAUAAGAAUGAGAAGAUGCUCAGGUUGAGUAUAGUAACGACCGCCAUACUUGUCAUAAACGUUCCACAGAUUAGGAUUCUCACGGAUUGCGUUUCCAUUGAUUGGAAGAGAUUGCAGACCCUGGAAGAGCACGAAAUCAUGGAGACGUACGUUACGGGUACGAGAUGGAUUGUCCUUGUGUAUUCCGUAGUUUGUCUGAUAGGUCUCCAAGUAUUUAUCUUAAUGUCUCUCAUGCCGCACAUACUGGACAUCGUGUUACCCCUCAACGAGUCCCGCCCCAUAAUGCUGCCCUUUGAGGCGUAUUAUUUCGUCGAUGAGAGAAAAUACUUCACGUAUAUUUUCUGUUACGCUCUCAUAGCCGCAGACAUAGCUAUGGUAUGCUUUAUCGCCUACGAUAUCAUGUUCUUUACAUUCGUGGAACACGUCUGUGGCAUUUUCGCCGUGACUGGAUUUCGUUUCGAGCAUUUAGUAUCUGAAAAUAUUGAUGCAGUAAAAGUUGUUAAUAAUUACACGGAUAAGACUUAUAAUAAAAGAAUAGCGUGCAGCCUUGACACGCAUCGGGCAGCUCUAGAGUGA